GCGGGGGUUGGGAAGAUGGCGGCUCCCAGCCUCCUGAACUGGAGGCGGGUUUCCUCCUUCACCGGGCCGGUGCCCCGCGCCCGGCACGGACACCGAGCCGUAGCCAUCCGGGAGCUGAUGAUCAUCUUCGGCGGGGGCAACGAGGGCAUCGCGGACGAGCUGCACGUCUACAACACCGUUACAAAUCAGUGGUUCCUACCAGCUGUCAGAGGAGACAUCCCUCCAGGCUGUGCGGCCCAUGGAUUUGUCUGUGAUGGCACUAGAAUACUAGUGUUUGGGGGCAUGGUUGAAUAUGGAAGAUACAGCAAUGAGCUAUAUGAGCUACAAGCAAGUCGUUGGCUAUGGAGAAAAGUGAAACCCCAGCCUCCUCCUUCUGGCUUACCUCCUUGUCCUCGUCUCGGACAUAGUUUCUCUUUAUAUGGUAACAAAUGCUAUUUGUUUGGCGGUUUGGCAAAUGAGAGUGAAGAUUCCAAUAACAAUGUCCCCAGGUAUUUAAAUGAUUUCUAUGAGCUGGAACUACAGCAUGGUUCUGGUGUGGUGGGCUGGAGCAUUCCAGCCACGAAAGGCAUUGUACCUUCUCCAAGAGAAUCCCACACUGCUAUUAUAUAUUGUAAAAAAGACUCCGGGAGUCCUAAGAUGUAUGUGUUUGGUGGAAUGUGUGGUGCUCGCCUGGAUGACCUAUGGCAGCUUGAUUUAGAAACUAUGUCAUGGUCAAAACCAGAAACGAAGGGGACAGUGCCACUUCCGCGGAGCCUUCAUACAGCCAGUGUUAUAGGAAACAAGAUGUACAUUUUUGGUGGAUGGGUUCCCCACAAGGGGGAGAAUCCUGAGAAUUCACCUAAUGAUUGCGAGUGGAGAUGUACGAGCUCAUUUUCUUACCUGAAUCUAGAUACAGCAGAGUGGACCACUCUAGUGUCAGAUUCUCAGGAAGAUAAAAAAAAUUCAAGGCCAAGACCACGAGCUGGACACUGCGCCGUUGCGGUCGGCACUCGACUGUACUUCUGGAGUGGAAGAGAUGGCUACAAAAAAGCCCUCAAUAGUCAAGUGUGCUGCAAGGAUCUCUGGUAUCUCGAUACUGAGAAACCACCAGCACCAUCCCAAGUCCAGCUGAUCAAAGCUACUACCAACUCUUUCCACGUCAAGUGGGACGAAGUGCCGACGGUCGAGGGCUAUCUCUUGCAGUUGAAUACUGACUUGCCGUACCAAACUGCAUCACCCGAUUCUUCAGCAGCACCAAAUAUGCUAGGAGGCAGGAUGGACCCUCAGAGACAAGGCAGUCAUAGCAUCCUUCAGAACAGUGUUAGUGAUACAGUAAACAGUGCAAAAACUGAGCACACAGCCAUGAAGGGGACCUCACUGAAAAGCAAACCAGACUUCAGAGCAGCCGACUCUAAUGCUGGCUUGCAUUCGCCUUUGGCGCCUAAUGCUCCUCAUAACAACAGCUGUGUGGCAGAUGUGCUCUGGAAGAGUGAAGUUGAUGAAAUAUGUGCUCGGCCUGCAACUAAGAUGAGCCGUGUAGAGGUGCAUGCUGCAGCAGUGCCGUUCUCUAAAGAGACACCUUCAAAUCCAGUGGCCAUUUUGAAAACAGAACAUCAAUGGUGUGAUGUGGGAAUUUUUAAAAACAACACCGCUUUGGUGAGCCAGUUUUACUUGCUGCCAAAAGGAAAACAAAGUAUGUCAAAGGUAGGAAAUGCAGAUGUGCCUGACUACAGUUUACUAAAAAAACAGGAUCUUAUUCCUGGAACCGUUUAUAAAUUCAGGGUUGCUGCAAUCAAUGGUUGUGGAAUAGGCCCUUUCAGCAAAAUCAGUGAAUUUAAAACGUGUAUCCCUGGCUUUCCUGGAGCUCCUUCUACAGUCCGGAUUUCCAAGAAUGUCGAAGGGAUCCACCUUUCCUGGGAGCCUCCAACUUCACCUUCUGGAAACAUUUUGGAAUACUCAGCCUACUUGGCUAUCCGCACAGCACAGAUGCAAGAUAAUCCAAGCCAGCUUGUGUUCAUGAGGAUCUACUGUGGCCUGAGAACCUCAUGUGUCGUGACUUCUGGGCAGCUCGCAAAUGCACACAUUGACUACACGUCUCGACCUGCCGUUGUGUUCCGGAUAUCGGCCAAGAAUGACAAGGGCUACGGACCAGCCACGCAAGUUCGGUGGCUCCAAGGUAACAAUAAGAAGGCUCCUUUGAGUUGAGUUGUUUUUAUUAACGCUGUUGUGAUGGUUAUUUAUUAGUAACUGGUUAUGAAGAUGUGUUCUUUGAGAGUAUUCUCUGACUGUAUUUCUAGCAGUUAUGAAUUUGAGUUUGUAAAUUGUUCUUCAAAUGUAUUUGCUCACUUCUAGAUCCCAAUAAAAAUAGAAAGAAGCAAA